CCGCUCUCAGUUUGAAUGCAACUUUAUUGACACCGGAAGUGCGAGCGGAAACGUCACACACGUGUUUUCUUUGCAGGUUUGAAGGUUAAAGAAGAAGCACCGGGUAGUUUCUUGUCGUCUGUCCACUGCAGAGGAUCACCAGGGCGACGUGUUUGUGUUUCAAGCCGGGGACAGCAGCACUGAGGAGCAGACAUGGAUCCCAUGAAGGCGCAGCAGCUGGCGGCGGAGCUGGAGGUGGAAAUGAUGUCAGACAUGUACAACCGAAUGACCAACGCCUGCCACCGGAAGUGUGUGCCGCCACAUUACAAGGAGGCGGAGCUGACGAAGGGGGAGUCGGUGUGCCUGGACCGCUGUGUGGCAAAAUACCUAGACCUCCACGAGAAGCUAGGACGUAAACUGACAGAGCUCUCCGUCCAGGACGAGGAAAUUAUGAGGAAGGCAGCAGUAGGGAGCGAAUAGAGACGCUUUUAAACGGAAAGAAGUAGAGCAUUUUGGGGGAUUUAAAAGUUACGGGAUGGGGUCACCAUAUCUGGUUUCUCUAAGGUGAGAGACUUGUUUUAAUGAGUGGUUGGGGUUGGAAAUCAAAAAGCAUAGAACUAUAAGGGUCCAGUGAGAGAAACUACUUCCUCCACUGCAGUAGAGGAUAAGGAUCUGGUGGAACGACAGCAUGAGGACAUCUUGAAACUUCUCCACCAGCCUCGUGUAUAUUCAGCUUUGCCUGGUCCUUCAAAAUAUCGCAUGAAAAAUAACUGGAAAGAAGAAAAGGAUAUUAUUUCUAAAGUCAUACUUUGUGCUAGUUUUUAGCUGCUCCGAAAUGAAGGGUGCUGUUUCUACUGAAGAAACUCAAGUAAUUUGAAGUUUUGUGGCACCAACCGUCUGGUACUUGUGGCAGGUUAAAACAUACACUAGGAAUGAUUUGCAUUUAGUCCCCGUUUUCCAAAUCACCCUUUGAACAUGGUUAAAAAUCAACUUUCAAAGGGGGUAAAAAUAAA